AUGUGGAACUUAUGUUUUAUAUUUACAUGGAGCUCUUCUGUUUUACAAAACUUUUUCAUUAGUUUCUAAGUUUUUAUUUAAUAACACCGAUUGAUUGCUGCAUUAUAGACAGAAAUGCCGCGAGUGAGUAAAAAACGGCAAGCAGCCAAGAAUCGGUAUGCAAUGAGAAAACUUGCAUGCCUAACAGGUCAGGUUUUGCCAAAUCCGUUCGGACAACCCGCAGGUUCCGGACCGUGGAUCAAACUGCCCCCGGAAGAGGAAGAACCGAUCCCAACGGAACCGACCGUGGACAUACACGUCAAGCAGGAACUGUUGGAACUGGACGCGAAUCCUUUCGCUCCGGAACACCUGGAGGAAGAAAUCAAAGUUGAAGUGUUGGAACCGACGGAGACGGAACCCGAUCCGAUCGGUGAGUUGCAGUUGGAUUACGCUGAAGACCGGAAGCCACUGGAUGAUCUUCCGGCGAUCACUUUGGCAGAACCAGAACCACCCACCGACAUAACUUGCCAGUUUUGUCUGAAGCAGUUCCGGGAAAGCGUCGGGAGAGGAGUUAUCACCCGGAAGAGGAUUGCUUUCGUGCUGGGCGUUCGGAAAUGGGGCCCGACUCAUCAGCAUCUGGACUGCUGCAAGGAUUGCAAGAAAAUGUUUGAUCUGUUCUACGACUUUAAGAGGUCCUGCCUGGCCGCUUUGGCCCGGCCUCUGUUUCUGCUAAGCUGCACUAAAAAAGAAGUAUCGACCGAGGUGAUCGAUUUGAGACCCAAGAAUGUUCGGAUGAAGAAAAGGAAACAGCCGAAGCCUGAAUCUCCCCCUGCUUUGCCUCCGAGUUCGAACGAUAACUCGGACGUUGAAGUUGAUGACGAACAGGUAAAUCCUGAUCCUCCGGACGAUGUAGACGGAACGAUGACGGAUCAGUCCACCACAGAAGAGAUUGCACCUAACGAAAGCGAAGAGAACACCAACCAACCGAAAAAGCGACGCAAAUAUUGCUACCGGUGCAAAGAGUUCUACGAAACGGAAGCCCUCUAUCUGGAGCACAAACCAACGUGCACCAAACCGGCCAGAGAUCCGCCCCCUUUGGAAUGUUCCUUGUGUGCGAGAAGGUUUACGCGUCCCGAUAAGCUGAUGUAUCAUAUGAACAAGCAUAAUGGAGUACGAACGGUUCCCUGUCGGCGAGAAGGCUGUACCAAGAUGUUCUUCGAUACCAACAAUCGGCACAACCACGAACAGCACUGCGGCCAGGAUGUGCAGGUGAUCUGCAGCAUUUGUGGUGCCAUCUUCCGUUCGAAGGGUGCCCUCAGGGCGCACAUGCCUUCCCACGGGGAACCCACGGUCGUAUGUGAAGUGUGCAACAAGGCUUUCCACACGAGGGCCAAGCUCAAGAAGCACAUGUCCGUCCACUCGGAGGAACGCCGAUUCCAGUGCAAAGUCUGCGGCAAGCGGUUCAAAUCUCACGAAGCCAAUCGGGUUCACCAGCGGAUCCACACCCAGGAGAAGCCGUACAUUUGUCACAUCUGUGGGAUGGCUUUUACCUACAACUGUUUGCUCAAGACGCACUUGGAGAGGGGCCAUGAAGUGGUCGAUUCGCCCCAGAAGGAGCUGAUGCAAGCAUCCAGGGCUCUGGAGAUGGCGGGCGGUGGCUAUUGAGCGCGGGGAAGCAUGCGAGGUGUAUGGUAAGGUAAAGCAUACUCUUUGAAUACUGAAUUUAGUUGUAUCGUAAUGA